GUUUCAUUCACGCUACCACCAAACACCCCCACGAACUCAAGAUCUAUGAGCAUCACAAGGAUAUCGAUAAUCUUAUGAUCAACAUGUCUUAGCUAUGCGCAAUGCUCGCAGGGAGCUGUAUCAACUUUGUGGUCCUAUUAUCCGUGAUCCGAAGCGAGGCCCUGAAACUGGAACGCUCAACGGGGGCGGAGGCUUACUCCUGUAGUCGCUACUCCUGCAUCCAUCUCCUCAAUGUUGGUAUUCUAGACCAACCACAUCGCCCCCAUCGUCACUUGUUACCAGAAAGAAACCUUGGGAAUGCGUUUCCAGCGACCAAAGACACGCUCAAGUUGCGCCCCAAUCUCACUCCAGAGACCGGGAAAAGAUACCUUCCUUGAGUGCAAGGACGACAAGUUAUUCUCGGACGGGCCAUGAUUUUGAUGCAUCGAGGUGUCCCGAAGUCCGGGCUUAGUUCGAGGAUGAUAGGUUAGAGUGGAGCAGGCCUUUGAUAAUUUCCAUUGUACUAUGUUCCUACAUGACAAUGAUGGUACACAAUACAAUUAUUCCCUUUCAGGACUGGUAUUUCAGGCUGUUCCCACUCACUAGGGAAGCGAACCUCUGAUGAACGGGGCAUGCUAUCAAGUUGUAUUAAAGCGAGAAAGUUUGGACGUAAAUUCAUCGAGGGGCAUUCAGCUCUCGGUGUUCUAAGUCUCGCUUGUAUGGUUCAUCCAUACUCAAAAGAACCCGAAUCCAGAAAUCAGAUUGCUUGAAAAGGAAGAAGAAACCGAGAACAUUGGACUGACAGUUAAGACCCGC